AGACAUGGAUUUAGAUGCCAUUACAAAAUACUCUGCAUUACACGCCAAGCCCAGUGGACUCAUUCUUCAAUAUGGGACUGCUGGAUUUCGAACAAAGGCAGAACAUCUUGAUCAUGUCAUGUUUCGCAUGGGAUUACUGGCUGUCCUGAGGUCAAAACAGACAAAAUCUACGAUAGGAGUCAUGGUAACAGCAUCACACAAUCCUGAGGAAGACAAUGGUGUAAAAUUGAUCGAUCCUCUGGGUGAAAUGUUGGCACCAUCCUGGGAGGAACAUGCUACCUGUUUGGCCAACAUUGAGGAGCAGGAUAUGCAGAGAGUGCUGAUUGACAUCGGUGAGAAGGAAGCAGUGAAUUUCCAACAAGAUGCUUUCGUCGUUAUCGGUAGAGAUACCAGGCCAAGCAGUGAGAAACUUUCACAGUCUGUUAUAGAUGGCGUGACUGUCUUGGGAGGUCAAUUCCAUGAUUAUGGCAUGUUAACCACACCCCAGCUGCACUACAUGGUGUACUGUCGAAAUACCAGUGACCAGUAUGGAAAGGCAACUAUAGAAGGUUACUACCAGAAACACUCUAAGGCUUUUGUGGAACUUACCAAACAGGCUUCCUGCAGUGGAGAUGAAAAUAGAACACUUAAAAUCGACUGUGCAAAUGGUAUUGGGGCCCUAAAGCUAAGAGAAAUGGAACACUACUUCUCACAGAGCCUGUCAGUUCACCUAUUUAAUGAUGGGACCAAAGGGAAACUCAAUCAUUUAUGUGGGGCUGAUUUUGUGAAAAGUCAUCAGAAACCUCCUGAAGGAAUGGAAAUGAAGUCCAAUGAAAGAUGCUGUUCCUUUGAUGGGGAUGCAGACAGAAUUGUUUAUUACUACCAAGAUGCUGACGGUCACUUUCAUCUUAUAGAUGGAGACAAAAUAGCAACACUAAUUAGCAGCUUUCUUAAAGAGCUUCUAUUGGAGGUUGGAGAAAGUUUGAGUAUUGGUGUUGUACAAACUGCAUAUGCAAAUGGAAAUUCAACACGGUAUCUUGAAGAAGUUAUGAAGGUACCCGUCUACUGUACUAAAACUGGUGUGAAACAUUUGCACCACAAGGCUCAAGAGUUUGACAUUGGAGUUUAUUUUGAAGCAAAUGGGCAUGGCACAGUGUUGUUUAGUAAAUUUGCUGAAAUGAAGAUAAGACAACUAGCAAAAGAACUAGAGGAUAACAAAAGGAAAGCUGCUAAGAUGCUUGAAAACAUUUUUGACUUGUUUAACCAGGCAACUGGUGAUGCUAUUUCUGACAUGCUUGUGAUUGAAGCAAUUUUAGCUUUGAAGGGCUUGACUGUACAACAGUGGGAUGCUCUCUAUACGGAUAUUCCAAACAGACAACUCAAAGUUAAGGUUGCAGACAGGCAAGUUAUUAGUACCACUGAUGCUGAAAGACAAGCAGUUACACCUCCAGGACUACAGGAGGCAAUCAACGGCCUGGUGAAAAAGUACAGGCUUUCGCGAGCUUUCGUUCGGCCCUCUGGAACAGAAGAUGUAGUCCGAGUAUAUGCAGAAGCAGAUUCCCAAGAAAGUGCAAAUAGCCUUGCAUAUGAAGUAAGCUUGGCAGUAUUUCAGCUGGCUGGAGGAAUUGGAGAAAGACCCCAGCCACGUUUCUGA